AUGGCGGAACGCCUCUGCAAGAGCGCGCACGCAUACGCGCGACACCCAUCUGCAAUAAUGCGGCAAGCUUGCAUCGUGCACACAGCACGCUCUCUCCUCGCUGUGGGCCCCCCGGGGUCCGGGUGCCGUCAGCAGGAGGCGGAGCCCGGUGGCACCAGCCAGAGCGUGUCACCCCCGCAGCCUCGGCCAUGUCCGUGUCCAGCCCCUCGGACCUGGAGCGCAGCCAGAGUGGCAGGCCCCGCCCCCACCACCGAGAGGGAGGACACGGAGCACGAUGAGGAGAAGAUCUGUGCAGUGUGCGGAGACCGAGCCACCGGCUACCACUUCCAUGUCAUGACCUGCGAGGGCUGCAAAGGCUUCUUCAGGCGGUCCAUCAACAAGGGCAUCCACUUCAGCUGCCCCUUCACCCGGAGCUGCCCCGUCACCAAGGCCAAGCGGAGGCAGUGCCAGGCCUGCCGCCUCCAAAAGUGCCUCGACGUGGGCAUGAGGAAGGACAUGAUCAUGUCGGAGGAGGCUCUGCGGACACGGCGAGCGCUGCGGCGCCAGCGGCGGCUGGCACGGGAGGCGCUGGGGCAGCCCGGGGGGCUCACAGCAGAGCAGCAGGAGCUCAUCAGCAUCCUCAUCACGGCCCACAAGAGAAACUUCGACUCCAGCUUCUCCCAGUUUGUGCACUACCGGGUGAGUAGGACCCAAAGGGACCCGGUGGCUCCCACCCAUAGGCCCAGCGGCCUCUCCGUGUCGCCUCUGGCAGUAGCUUCCCCAGAGCCAGACUGCCUGGCCGAGGACGUGCUGCCCGACGUCUUCUCCAUGCUGCCCCACUUCGCUGACCUCAGCACCUUCAUGAUCCAGCAGGUCAUCAACUUCGCCAAGGAGAUCCCAGCCUUCAGGAGCUUGCCCAUCGAUGACCAGAUCUCCCUGCUCAAAGGUGCCACCUUGGACAUCUGCCAGAUCCAGUUCAACACGGUCUUCAACGAGGAGACCAACGCCUGGGAGUGCGGGCAGCACUGCUACACCAUCCAAGAUGGGGCCCUGGCUGGGUUUCAGCAGAUCUACCUGGAGCCACUGCUCAAGUUCCACAUCAGCCUGAAGAAGCUGCGGCUGCACGAGGCUGAGUACGUCCUGCUCCAGGCCAUCCUCCUCUUCUCACCAAACCACGCAGGCAUCGCUCAGUGGGAGUUCAUUGACCAGCUCCAGGAGAAGGUGGCCCUCACGCUCAAGAGCUACAUUGACCACCAGCACCCCAUGCCUGAGGGCAGGUUUCUCUAUGCGAAGCUGCUGCUGCUGCUGACGGAGCUGCAGACGCUGAAGGUGGAGAACACGCGGCAGAUCCUGCACAUCCAGGACUUGUCCUCCAUGACGCCGCUGCUCUCCGAGAUCAUCAGCUAGAGCCAACACUGCAAGCCUCUGCACCAAAGCCCCAGGGCCUGCCUGCUGAGCCCUGGCCUUGCAGAGGGCUGGUGGCAGUGGCCUUGACCCACCCCAUCGAGGUGGGCACCGGCACCACUUCUUGCUUAGCCCCAGCCAAGCCUGGCCCCUCAGGCUGCCGGCACUGGCCAUGCCUCCGGGGCUGGCACCCACUGGUUACCAGGGCACUUUAUAGGGUAGAGUAAAGCUCCUUUAUUUUUCCAGA